ACUUUCCUUGUUGUGUUUUAUGAAAGCUCUUCUUGAAAAAUCUACAUGAAAAAACUUGUCAAUACGUGGGAAUAUUUCUUGUUUCUUUGGUAUACAAUGUGAACUUAGAAAAAGUGGAAGUUCUUCUGUCGAAAUGUCACGGAACUGAUAAUAUCAACAGAUUGUAUCUGUCUUCAUUCAUAAACUGCUAAUGAUCUUUUUAAAUUGCAAGCAAGGAGAAAAAAACUCUUAUACAGAAAACCGUGUCGUAAAUAUUCCAGUGAGCAUUUCUGUGAUUUCUUUGUGUCAAAAUGAGUGUGUUAAAAUGUUGUAAGUGUUGGAUUUCUUUACUCGCCAUUCUGUCCAUCAUCUCUGUACACGAUGUGAAUUCACAGCCAGUGACAAGAGGACAGGUGCCUAAUGGUGCAGCCUCACUAGCGUUUGUCUUUGAUAUCACAGGGUCCAUGUACGAUGACCUGGUACAAGUUAUUGUUGGUGCUGAAAACAUCCUUAAAGAGACCCAGAAGCGAAGAGAAAAACCCUUGUACGACUAUGUCCUUGUACCAUUUCACGACCCACAGGUUGGCCCAGUACUGGUCACCACAAAUCCAGAGUAUUUCAAAGAAACUCUCAAAGACUUGUAUGUCCAAGGAGGUGGGGACUGUCCUGAGAUGUCCAUCACUGCCAUCAGCGAGGCGCUGGAUGUGUCCCUUCCAAACUCCUUCAUCUAUGUUUUCACAGAUGCUCGGGCACGUGACUUCAAUCUUACUGACAUUGUACUGGCACAGAUACAAGAAAAACAAUCUCAGGUUGUAUUUGUUUUGACCGGUGACUGUGGCGAUCCUACACAUGAGGGUUACAAAGCUUAUGAGAAAAUUGCCUCAACAAGCUCUGGACAAGUCUUCUUACUCCGUAAAAAUCAAGUUAACCAGGUGCUGAACUUUGUGAAAGUGGCAGUGCAGGCGCGUAAGGUUAACCUGAUGUCCAUAGAUGUUCCUGAAGCCACAGCACAGAUGUAUGAAUUGCCAAUUGACUCCAAACUACAAGAGAUUACAGUAUCAGUCAGUGGGGAGACACCAGAAAUAGAACUUCGGGGACCUGAUGAUCGAAAGUUGACAGUGUUUUCUGGCCUGAAUGAUCUAUUGGAUCUGAGGAAUGCCAAGGUUGUAAAUGUCAAGGCGCCUACUGCUGGACAGUGGAAGCUUUUCAUAGCAAGUAACAGUGCCCACACCAUUCGUGUUACUGGUCUCAGUACCACAGAUUUUGUCUCAGGCUUUUCCCGCUUCCCUACAAACGAGAUUGCUGAAACGGAACUACGGCCUCUGGGAGGUGUGCCAACAUUUAUGGUAAUCAAUGCUAGUAGCCUCGAAGCUCCCGGACGCUUCAACAGACUGGAGCUGAUCGAUCUCCAAGGAAACAUCCUGAAAAUUCAGGACCUUGUACAAGAUCAGGACAGGCCAUACAUUUACACACUUACUAAGCCCAUUCCUGCCUCCAAAACACUUAGUGGAAUAGAUGACAAAAGGAACCCGAUGUACCGGUUGACCCCCACAGCCAUCAGUCCUGUCCCUCCACCCCGUCCUAACGUAUACAUGCCACCAGUCACUCGUGGCUUUUACGAUGCCACAGCCUAUAUCACGUGUUCAGUACAGAGUCCUAUACAGUAUAAUGUCCAGUGGAGUAGGGGAAAUCAGCCUAUUGGGAAUGCCCUCUUUUACAGGGAGUCGAGUAACGUGGUGCUGGAGUUACCGUAUGUGGAUGGUAACUCGGAGGGGAGCUAUACUUGUAAUGCUACUAACUUGGCUGGCUGGAAUGCAAGCACCACAUAUCUUGAUGUCAGUGAGCCACCGCCUGUGAUUGAUGCGAUGAGGAACAGUUCUGUGUUGCCUGGACAGGAUGCCAUACUCCAUUGCCUGGUACAGAGUACUGUGGAGUAUAAUAUCAGCUGGUACCAACCCAACUCUGUUGAGUUUCUUUCCAACAGCAAUAAAUACCAGAUAUUUAAUAACGGAUCACUCUUGAUCAGGAACAUUGGCAUUGAGGAUGAGGGAAGGUACCUGUGUCUGGCCGGCAAUGAGGGUGGAUUCACUGAGGCACUUGUUCAUGUUCGAGUACAAGUACCACCUAAGGCUGUAGUUACUCCUGCUGUGAAGAAUUUUAAGACCGGACAGACAGUCAACCUGACCUGUACUGCUGAAGGCUUUCCUGUUCCCAACUUUUAUUGGCUCCGUGACAAUAAGCUAAUGAUUCCCAACGAGAGAAUCAAUAUUGAUGGUCCUUAUAUAAGCUUCGCUAACAUGUUCCUGGGAGAUCAGGGUCAAUACCAGUGUUUGGCAGAAAAUUUGGCAGGAGAGGAUACCGUCACGGCCACUCUGACAUAUAUAGAGGCACCCCAGAUAUACAGAUCUGAUGAGCUGGUGUUGGUUGCCAGUGGUGAUAUGGCUGUGCUGGUGUGUGCAGCCAAUGGUAUACCCAGUCCUAAAAUUACAUGGUUCAGGGGGGACGUACAGUUAAGACAGUUGUCGUACGUGAACAUCACUGAUGACGGUGUAUUGAUGAUCCUGGGUACACAGCAACAGGAUGGUGGCCAGUAUCGCUGUGUGGCCACCAACGAGGCGGGGACAGACUCCGCUGAUGUCACACUCGAGGUCGGAUCUGAGCCCCGCAUCAUCACCCAACCUACUAACCUUGGAGCAGACAUCGGAACCAAUGUCACAAUAAACUGUGAGGCUGCCGGACAUCCGCCCCCGAAGAUCUACUGGAGGAAUAAGGAAGGCACAAUCAUCGCAUAUGGUGGACGAUAUAAUCAACUCCCGACAGGCUCCCUCUCAAUCACAAAUUUGAAGAUUGGUGAUGAGGGUCGGUACACAUGCGUGGUUCAGAACCAGUUUGGUAUGAGGGACAUAUCGGCUUAUCUUACAGUCACUGGAAUAGUGCGUCCCUGUGUGGAGUUGAACUGUGUGCUACUGAGAGGAAACCCCAAACCUUUACUCAACUGGAUCAAAGAUGGAAUGGUUGUACAGCCAUCGACACGUGUGACACGACCCUUCAACAGCACUGUCCUCAUUGGGGACAUCCAGCGAGACAUGGAAGGGGAUUAUCAGUGUGUGGCGAGCAAUGUGGCUGGCAACUCUACAUAUACCGUGACUGUCGACGUCCUUGUUCCCCCGAUGCUGCGGAUAGACGAUGAAACAGAUGUCCUGGACAGAUUUAGUGUGAUUGAAGGAGACUCCAUCUUCCUGCCCUGUAAUGUGGAUGGAGACCCACCACCCUCAUUUACAUGGCUGAAGGAUGGUAGUGAGAUCCUUUUGACAGACCCCUCCUACUACAUCACAGAGGAUGGCACUUUGGAGAUAUUUGGGGCAGAGGCGUCAAGUAGAGGAACAUACACGUGUGUAGCAAGCAAUGUAGCUGGGGAAGUGGAGAAAACUGUCACUCUCUUUGUGGAGGUACCGCCUGCUAUAGAAGGCCAGCUUAAUGAGAAGUAUGUGGUAGAAGCAGGGGAUGUAGUCCUCUUGCCCUGUGUGGUCAGUGGAGUUCCUGAACCUGAGGUAAACUGGAGGCGUAACUUCGUCCCAUUUUACGCUGACACUGAGAGAUUCUUAAUCAGUGACCAGGGCCUGAAUAUCGCCCCAGCCCUGAUUGUAGAUAAGGCUAUCUACGAAUGUGUUGCUACCAAUGAUGCUGGCAGUGCCUCCAAGGUCAUCACACUUAUUGUUCAGAUUCCUCCUCAGAUAAGUUUGGAGGGUGAUGAUGAGAUAACCGUCCUCAGAACUGAAGGUGUGACAUUAAACUGUGAGGCGACUGGUAACCCUACCCCAGUUGUUCGCUGGACCAAAGAUGGAGUUACCCUUGAUAUAUCGGACAGCAGCUAUUAUCAGCUGAUUGGCAAUGGAUCUUUGCGUAUACUGUCUGCUGGUCUUGAAGAUAGUGGGUUGUAUAUGUGUGUGGUAACCAACACGGCAGGUACAGAGACCAAAGAAUUCUUCGUAACAAUCAAUGCUUUGCCUACCCUGCCUAAUAACCUUCCGAAGAAUACCUCGGCUAUUGAGAACAGCGAUGUGAUCCUCGAGUGCCCAGCCAAAGGUACCCCAUUUCCAGAGAUCACUUGGUACAAGGACGAUGUCAAGUUGUCUUCCAACGACUUCGGCGUGAAUAUCCUACCUGAUGGUUCCCUUCAGCUCAAAAGCAUCUCGGCUCAGGACACUGGGGAGUAUCGCUGCCUGGCAAUCAAUGUUGCUGGAGAAGUUGACCAUACAACGAAACUAAAAGUCCUUGUGGCACCCAAGGUGAUCGGUGGAGACCGUGGGGAUAUCCCCAUCCCAGAGAGCCACACAGUAAGGGCCAACGAAACACUCACCAUGUAUUGUACUGUGGAGGCAGAUCCCGCCCCGACGAUUGAGUGGCUGAAGAACGGUGAACCAUUCACUGAGGAGGAGCUGUCCCAUGUCCGUAUCUCCUUAAAUGGCAAAGAACUUGUCAUUCCUCGGGCCUCCGUCGAAGACACUGCUCUCUAUACUUGUGUGGCCACUAACAUUGCCGGAUCUUCUCAGAAAGAAUUUGAUGUUGAUGUCCAUGUGCCCCCAACGAUUGACCCCGGGACAGUGUCCAACGGUACCUUGUCUGUAAAGGUUCAGCAGACCUUGACCAUCAACUGCCCAGUGAACGGUAUCCCUCUUCCUCAGAUCAGCUGGUUUAAGGAUGAACAGUACAUCUCUCCAAUACUUGACGCAAACAUCAAGCUCUAUGCUGGAGGUCGAAGGUUAGAGGUGCUCAAUGCUAGAAUCACAGAUGCUGGGCGGUACAAGUGUGUUGGGGAAAACAUUGCAGGAAGUACACAGCAUGAGUUUGAUGUCAAAGUCAAUGUACCUCCUCAGAUAGAGCAUUCCGAUGUCCUUGUAAUUCCUGAGGUUGUUGAGAACGGAGACCUACAACUGAAUUGCCCUGCAUCAGGAAAACCAACGCCAAAAAUCACAUGGUUCAGGGAGAAUCAGCCAAUCAAGUUCAAUUCUUCUCGCUAUCUGUUACUGAAUGAUGGAUUCACAUUGCAGAUUCUAGAUGCACAGCAGGACGAUGCAACAAGGUUUAUCUGUCGAGCCGAAAAUGUGGCUGGAGCCAAUGAAAAGGCUUUCGAUGUGGAUGUGUUAGUGCCAGCCAGGAUCUCCAGCGAUAACCUUGACCCUACACCCGAUGUAGUCCUAAAUAGGACACUGUUGUUGAACUGCCCUGCAGAAGGUAACCCUAUCCCUGAGAUCACAUGGUACAAAGAUGGAUUUAUCUUGGACACCUCACUCAAUCCCCGAUAUGACAUUCUGUCUGGGGGCCGCCAACUCCGUAUCCAGGCAGUCCGACUCUCCGACACUGCCAUAUACAGGUGUGAGGCCAUCAACAAAGCUGGAGAGUCUUCAUUUGAGUUCAACACAGAUAUAUUUGUUCCAUCGAAGAUUCCGAUUACAAAUAUCAACAUCAAUCCCAAGGCUGUGGUGAACAGUUCGCUGACCUUGAACUGUCCAGCAAAAGGGACACCUACACCAGAAAUAACAUGGUUCAAGGAUGGAAGGGAGAUAACUCCGGAACUUUACCCCAACAUUCGUAUUAAAAAUAAUGGACUUCAACUCGAGAUUAUCAAUUCUCAGGUUUCUAACACAGGAACCUACAGAUGUAGGGCAGUCAAUCCAGCAGGGCAGAGCGAACUCGUCCUCAAUGUUAACAUACAAGUGCCUGCUAAAAUAAGUUCAGAUGUAGAUACAGACCCCAGAGUGAUAAUUGGUGAACCAGCCACAAUCUACUGCCCUGCCAGUGGUACACCAGCUCCCAAGAUCAGGUGGUUCAAAAACGGCUCACCUAUCAUUUUGUCUGAGGAUCGCCAGGACAUAAGAGUGACUGCUGGAGGGCGGGAACUAUAUAUACUCGCAGCAGAGGUGGACGACGCAGGAUCCUACACAUGUGUCGCCACAAACGAAGCUGGAGAGGCAGAAGAAACAUUUAAUCUUGAAGUGUAUGUCCCACCACAAAUCGAUCACACUUUUGAUGAAAUCACCAAGGUCAUUCGAGGUCGAACAACUGUCCUUAACUGCCCAGCCAAUGGUAUUCCUCUGCCAAACAUUGAAUGGCAGAAGAAUGGACGUGUGAUGAUUUUCACCGAUCGUGUGGUAGUACUGGAUGGAGGACGACAGCUGAAGAUCACCAAUUCUACAGAUAGUGAUCGUGGCCUAUACAGAUGUAUAGCAACAAAUCGUGCUGGGCGCGACGCAGCCGACAUGGAACUGGUGGUACUGGUUCCUCCAGACAUUGACGAGUCCAACACUGUGUACACGCCCCGUGUUGUUGUCAACCGGACUGUUCUAUUGGAAUGUGCUGUAUCAGGAGUACCCACACCCACUGUCCAGUGGUUCCUUAACGACCGACCUAUCAGACAGACAAACAGGAUCAGACUACUAGCCAGCAACAAACAGUUACAGAUUGAGCGUGCUCAGACUAGUGAUAGUAAUACCUAUACUUGUCAAGCCACUAACGAGGCCGGGCAACUCCGCAAGAAUUUCCAACUCAUGAUUCUAGUACCACCUCUGCUUAACAAGUCGGUGAACACUAACUUCACGGUGAAAGAGAAUGGAAACAUUGUGAUACAGUGUCCUGUGUUGGGCGGUAUUCCUGACCCCUCUGUGUUUUGGCUGAAGGAUCGUGUUCCUCUCAAUAACUUUCCUUACCAGAAUCUGAAUGUGACCAACCGUAACCGUCGACUGGAGAUCCGCAAUGCUAAAGUGGUAGAUGCUGUCCAGUAUACUUGUCAAGCACGCAACUCUGCAGGGGAAGACUCGAUGAAUUUCUACCUUAGAGUGUUUGUGAGGCCAUCGAUUACAAACGAAUCAGAGAGACCGACCUUCACAGUGUUGGAAGGUGAGCAGGUAACACUGGAGUGUCCUGUGACGGGUAUCCCUGACCCAGGGAUACAGUGGCAGAAGGAUGGACGUGUCAUAGAGCUGUCCCAGAACUCACACAUGAGCAUCAUAGCAGGAGGGCAGGUCCUUAGAAUCCUCAGUGCCAGGGUAGGGGACACGGCCCAGUACAUGUGCCAUGCUGAAAAUGAAGCUGGAUUUGCAGAGAAAUUCUUCCAAGUCAACAUCAAUGUGCGCCCACGCAUUAAUGGUUCCCAGGUUCUUCAGGAGAAGUCAGUUAUCUUAGGCAAUGACCUUUCUCUGCAUUGCCCCACUCUUGGAAUCCCGCCCCCAGAAAUUUCAUGGUACUGGCAGGGUGGCCUCGUGGCUCACGAGAGUCGAUUUUUCCAGAUCUUGGAUAGAGGAGAGACACUGCUGUUGAAUGAUGCUGACCGCCCCCAGGAGGGCUUCUAUACAUGUGUUGCCACCAACCCUGCUGGCUCUACAAGUCUCAACUUCACUGUCACUGUGCUGGUGCCCCCUAUGAUCACAGACUCUGUGACAGAUGUGACCGGCGUUGUUGAUACAUCGGUUGUCCUGCCCUGUGAGUUUGGUGGCUACCCUGACCCUAAGGUAACAUGGAAGAAGGAUGGCUACCCAUUUCCCCUCUCCAGUCUUCGUCAUCAGGUGUCGUUCGGAGCCAUCCAGUUCAGCCGUGUUCGUCUGGAGGACCAGGGAAUAUAUGAGUGUAUGGUUACUAACCUAGUUGGCAAUGAUACAAAGCGCAUCAACCUCACCUUACAGGUGCCUCCUGGAAUAAUUGGUCCAAGGGAUCUGCGUAUAGAGGUUUUAGUUGGCAAUGACGCCUUCCUUCCCUGUGAUGCAGUAGGUCAACCAGAACCUGAGAUCUCUUGGUCCAAGGGAUUUCACACACAGCUCAAGCGAAACCAAGUCAUUCUGGCCAAUGGGACCUUACAUGUGAGAAGUGUAGCCAGAAAAGAUGGUGGCGUUUACCGGUGUACUGCAGCAAAUUCUGUAGAUCUUGCAUAUCGCAUUGUAAGACUCAGGCCUCUAAUACGCCCAUCCAUUCUUGUUGGGCAAGUGUACUACAACGCCCAUCUUGGAGACAAAGUUGUACUUCCUUGUCGUGUGACAGCAAGUCCCAGGGCAAAGAUUGUCUGGAGGAAGGAUGGCCAACUUAUAGACAUCACACAGUCUCGUUUCUUCAAACAUGGCAAUAGGCUUGUCAUAGCCUCCACUAGGUCUGUUGAUUCUGGAAACUACACAUGUACAGCUGCCAACCAGGCAGGCAUUGCAACUGUCUACAGAAACCUCACAGUGAUUGUGCCACCAUUUAUUAAGGAGAGCAGUCGACUGGUCACAGCAUUCCUGGGAAACCUUUCAUUCAUUGUGCCCUGUGAGGUGACUGGAUAUCCCGAACCAGACAUCAGUUGGUAUAAAGAUGGACGGAGACUGGAGGACGAUCGCAACAGAAUCAUAUUUCAAACCUCAGGUUCUCUCAUGAUAAGAGGUGUACAGAGACAAGAUGCAGGUAUCUACAGGUGUUAUGCCAUUAACUCUGCUGGUAACUCAUCAAGGGAGACAACUGUCAGGAUUCAAGAGGCUCCUAUUAUCACUCUACGACCACAAGGCCUGGAAGUGGCAGUUGGCGGCAGCAUACAGCUUUUGUGUGGGGCCAACGGUGUCCCUUCGCCCAUCAUACGCUGGGAGAAAAAUGGACUACCCGUUGAAGACAAACAAAACAUUGGUGGCCGGAGUUUGCUGAUAGUUAACAGUGCUAGGAGAGAAGAUGGAGGUCUGUAUACGUGUAUUGCUGAAAAUCCAGCCGGGAUCGACACAGCCUCAGCAACCGUCCUUAUGUCAGUGCCACCCAGAGUGACCGUCCCUGAUGGUAACGCAGUGGUCAGUAUAGCAGAGAAAGUCAUGUUGACCUGUUCUGUGGGGGGUGAUCCUCAACCCAACAUCUACUGGACAAAGAAUGGACGUCCUGUCAUAUACAACGAACGCAUCAUACUGCUUUUAAAUGGCUCGCUGGUUAUUUAUCAGGCCACGAGUUCUGAUGCUGGAGAAUACAAGUGUGUAGCAACAAAUGAUGCUGGAACGUCUACCGGUGUGGCUAUGUUGAUCGUUAAUGAACCUCCACAGUUUAAGAUUGAGCCUAAGAACACUACCGUCAGUAUGGGGGACACAAUUGUGAUGAACUGUGUAGCAGAAGGGGAACCAGAACCUCUCAUUGCCUGGCAGCGAUCAUGGCAGGAUAUUGAACCGGACGAAAGACUCACUAUACUACCUAACAACUCCCUCAGAAUAAUUGCUGCCCAGGUGUUGGAUUCAGGGAAGGUACAAUGUAAGGCCAGUAACCGUGAAGGAAUCACUGUUGUGGAGGCUUACAUUACUGUUGUUGUACAUGGGCGAUACUCGGAGUGGUCAGAAUGGGGUAUGUGCAGCUCUACCUGUGGAAUAGGAAUCCAAUUCCGCGCUCGCACCUGUACCGACCCUGAACCUGUCAAUGGUGGUAGGAAGUGUAUUGGUUCCUCACUCGACUCCAGGACUUGUAUCAUGGCUAGCUGUCCAGUAAAUGGCGAGUGGGGUAAUUGGCAGGGCUGGACCGAGUGCAGUGCUACCUGUGGAGAAGGGGAGAGAUUCAGGACAAGGUUCUGUGACAACCCAACCCCAAGGGAUGGUGGCCUUAACUGUCAGGGUGAUGAUAUUCAGUAUGACGUAUGUGGAUCCCGCCCUUGUCCAUUGGAUGGUCAGUGGGGUGAAUGGUCAGGAUGGCGUCCAUGCUCUGUAACAUGUGGUGUGGGUUCUCAGGAGAGAACUAGAAGGUGUGACAGUCCCAGCCCUGCCUACAGAGGGCAGCCAUGCCCUGGCGAGACACUCGACAGGCGGCCCUGUACCGCCCCCACCUGUGAAGUGGAUGGAAACUGGGGUCUGUGGGCCUUGUGGUCUGGAUGUUCCCAGUCCUGUGGAGGCGGGACCAGGACACGACAGCGAUCAUGUGAUAGUCCAGCUCCACAGUUUGGAGGAAUGUUCUGCUGGGGAAGAGACCGCCAAGUGGAUUAUUGUAAUCCAGAAAAAUGUCCAAGGCAUGGGAACUGGGAACAAUGGGAGAGCUGGGGGGCCUGUUCUGCCAGUUGUGGAACAGGAUUGAUGAAGAGGUUCCGCACUUGUACCAACCCUCCACCCAGUCGCAAUGGCCGUCCAUGUCUUGGAUCAGGCGAGAUGACCAAAACCUGCAACACAAUUCUCUGUCCUGUGAAUGGUGAGUGGAGAGACUGGUCAAACUGGACACCAUGUUCUGUGACAUGUGGAGAGGGGUACCGGGAGAGACAACGCCAAUGUAGUAAUCCUCGUCAUGGGGGCAGCUCCUGUCAGGGCAAUACCAUACAGAGGGACGACUGUGUCCUGCCUGCAUGUUCUAAUUUUCCACGACGGGCCGAGGGUAACUUGGUAGGUUACAUUAACAACAUUGACUUGCCUGAUGCCACUUUGAGUGCCACCAUUAUUCCUACUGACAGCGGCACCACCUUGGUAGAGGCUACACUGCAUAAUGUGCCACAAUCUAUUGCUGGUCAUUUGCGUCACCUUGUUGAUAUAUUGAAUCCUGUGUUCUGGACCACAGCGUUGGAGGUAGAUGGGGCAAAGAAUGGACUUACACUAGCCAAUGGUCACUUUGUUCGUGAGGUCCAGGUGCAGUAUGUCACAGGUGAAACAUUGACGAUGUCACAGUUUGGACGAGGUGUGGACGAUAAUGGGAUUCUACAGGUGGAUGUGAUGCUGAGGGGUAAUGCUCCAAACCUAACAUCUGUGGGAGAUGUGUACUUACUCCCCUACCACGAACAGUAUAUUCAGACUGGACAUGACUCCAUGUACGCCCACUCAACACGCGUGUUUCGGGUGGAUGGACUAACGUUGCCAUAUGCCUGGAACCACACUAUUACCUACAAUGAGGACUUGGGUAUGAUGCCCUACUUGGUACAAGACAUGUAUGUCCGUGACAUUUCCACUUUCUCCCCAACCCCCACUGAGGUUGAAUUCCGUAUUUCAACUAGCAUCAGUCCAGGCACUCCUAGUAACCAGUGUCCAGAUGGGUUCUAUUUAGACACAGACGGCCAGUAUUGUAGGGAUAUUGAUGAGUGUACGACUACCAGACCCUGUUCUAGUUACUGUCACAAUUCCCCGGGGACCUAUGCCUGCUCCUGUCCAUUUGGCUAUGUACUCGACAGGGAUGGUUCAAAUUGCCAAGACAUAAAUGAAUGUGCCAAUAAUAAUGGAGGCUGUUCUGUAGAACAGGAAUGUAUUAAUACAUUGGGGUCGUUUCAUUGUGCUGUGUACUGCGACAAUGGCUUCCGGCGCUCACUUGACAAUCAGUUUUGUGAUGAUAUUGAUGAGUGUCAUGAGACUCCGGAGGUUUGUGGACAGAACUGUGACAACAUUCCUGGUGGAUACCAGUGUUCCUGCUCUCGUGGCUUUAUGUUAGUGGAAAAUGGCAGAUGUACAGACAUAAAUGAAUGUGCCAAUAAUAAUGGAGGCUGUUCUGUAGAACAGGAAUGUAUUAAUACAUUGGGGUCGUUUCAUUGUGCUGUGUACUGCGACAAUGGCUUCCGGCGCUCACUUGACGAUCAGUUUUGUGAUGAUAUUGACGAGUGUCAUGAGACUCCAGAGGUUUGUGGACAGAACUGUGACAACAUUCCUGGUGGAUACCAGUGUUCCUGCUCUCGUGGCUUUAUGUUAGUGGAAAAUGGCAGAUGUACAGAUGUAAAUGAGUGUACCCAUGGGACAUCUGGCUGUUCUCACAAUUGUAAAAACUCCAUUGGCAGCUACAAGUGUGCAUGUCCCUCAGGGUUUAGGUUACAAGACCUACACACAUGUAUAGACAUUAAUGAAUGCAGUGAAGGUGUCAGUAGAUGUAGGAAUGAUGAGAAGUGUGUUAACUCUGAUGGCAGCUACAAUUGUAUAAGGCUUUGUCCUGAUGGCUAUGAACCCUUUGCUCCUGGACAAUGUCGUGAUAUUGAUGAGUGCAGGGGAAAUCUACAUCAGUGCUAUGCUAACCAAAGAUGUGUAAACACAGAGGGUAGCUACCAGUGUACUUGUGAUCCAGGCUUCACAUCCAGGGGUCAAGGCCAUCCAUGUAUAGAUGUGGACGAAUGUGUUGAUCAACCAGGGGUUUGUACAUUCAGAUGUCAGAACACCUUUGGUGGAUUUGAAUGCAUCUGUCCUCCGGGACAAAUCCGAUUGGCCGACAGAAAAUCAUGUGCUGGCUUAGAAUUCAUAGAACCAAGUCAGGUGUUCUCUGUCAAUAUCCCCACCCAACAAAGGUGGCAGCCUCAAAAUGAUAUGGGGGCACCAAGGACGGGGGUCCCACCCUGUCGCAUUGGCUACCACUGUUCCACCUUGUAUAGACAUGCCCUGCGACAGCGUCACAAACGUGGAGUAUGUCCUUUAGGGAUGCGUUACGUCCCUUCACAACACACCUGUUUAGAUGUUGAUGAGUGUACAGAGGAUCCUGGCAUAUGUCAACACAAGUGUAUAAAUACUGAAGGCAGCUUCAAGUGUACAUGUCCUAAGGGCUACAAGGUCUCACGCAAUGGACGCAAGUGUAUAGAUGUGAAUGAGUGUUCCGAAUUGAGAAUUGACUGUGGACCUGACCAGAUGUGCUUCAAUACUCGUGGUAGUCACCAUUGUAUACAGACACCCUGCCCCCUGAACUACAAACGUAACCCACAGUCAGGCUACUGUGUGUUAGAAUGUUCCAUGUCAGAUGUUCCGUGUCCUCCUGGAGCAAGAUAUGCUGACGUGAUCGAGUUUAGGACAGUUGCUCUUCCUAGUGGUAUUUUAGCAUACCAGGAUCUAAUUCGUCUGAUUGCGUUUGAUCAAAAUGAUGUACAGCUUCCCAAGACGGACUUUACAAUUCUCAGAAAUGACAUUAAUGUCAACUUUGAAAUAAGACUUGAGGAUGGAACAGGUAUUGUGUAUCCGUUGUCUCGCCUGGAGGAGACCGAACUUUACAAAAUCACCGUACGGGCCAAAUCGUAUGACAAUGAACGUGAAUACAUUCAAUAUCAGACUACAUUCAUCAUACAUAUAUCAGUGUCUGCUUUCCCAUAUUAAUCCAUCACUAGUUUGUAAUGAUUUUUGUAAUUUUCUAUUUGUGUUUUACUUUAGGUUAUAUAUUUACAUUGAUUUGUCAUAUAAGAUACAAAGCAUGUGAUGCACGGUGCCAUCUGAUCACUAUGUGGUGAACUUAAUGAAUCAUUUGAUCAUCAUUCAAUUAAUAAGUUCAAUUCAUGGGGGUUUCUUUUGUUGAACUUUUUUCGUAAUAAAAAAAUAAAGAUUAUAACAUUAGAUUUAUUUUUUGUAUGAUUUGCGUUUCUUCUAUUAUCAAUAACGAAGCUUAAAUUAGGCGUAUUUUUGUUAUCAUUUGCACAGUAUUUUAUCAGCAAUUUUAAUAAACAUGCACCAUAUAAUAUGUACAGAUUAAGCAUUAUCGUAAAAUGUAUUUGGUUAUGACGCUGUGAGUGAGCAAGUUAUGCCUGUAACAAGAUGAUUUCAUUUCAUGGUAAAAUUAUAUGCAAAUAUGUUAUACCAAUUUAAAGUACAUGUAUAAUGCUUUUGUUUAAAAGUAUGUUUUGAUGGAAGAUCAGCAUAAAUAUAUUUUGUAAGUGGUCCAUUUUCAUCCAUAAGUAUAAACUAAUUAUCGGUGAAAAACAAAUUAAACUAAACAGAUCUGUUCGUGGCAUUUAAUUCAGUAAUUUAAAAUAUUGGCUAAAUAAACUGUAAAGAAUCACUUCAUUGUUGUAUAUAUUCUUUCAUGUAUGUGAAGAUAGAGGUUGUAAGAAUGUACGCAAGAUUAAUGUAAGAAUAGCAUACCAUCACAUUAUAAAUGGAAUUCACCCAUAUAUACUGCUUGUAUUUACUGGCAAAAAACAUGUACAUGUAUUUCACUUAUGAUUUUCUGGUCAUAAUAGAGAAUUACCUGUAGAUUGUAUCUACUGUUUACCUACCAAUUUUAGACCACAUCAUUAUAAACAUUUUGGAGAUGUACCAUCUUGCUAUUUUCUUAUUACAUAAUGUAAAUGUGCAAUUAUAUAAUGGUUAUCUGCUAGAAUAUGUGCCAUUAUGACUUUUUUUGGGGUCAAAUUAUCAGUAGUGUUUGCAGCAUUUCAGCUGAAGAGGGUCAAUUCAAUAUAUAUUUUCCAUGUGUCAAGGAAAUAAAAUAAAACACUUGUAUGAACAAAA